CUCUCGUCGCCCCGCCCCUCUCGCUGGCUUGUCACAGCCAAGGCGAGCAAUAAGUGCUUCUUCUGGAGAGAUUAAAAAAAACCAAACCACCAGUGUAGGCGAGACUCCCAGGGAAGGCAUGCAUGCAACAAAGCAGCUCAGUUAACUUGAAGAAGGAACUGUACUACUCGGGCUGCUGCACAGUAACGGAAUGCAUUUAGUUAACACAAACAUGGCUGCUGCCUUCAGAGCUGCAAACCGAGCCUUGUACCCAUUCACAGCAAGCAAUGGCUGCAGUCGGGCGAGAGUCCAUCUACAAGGGAGAUGUCAGUCAACAGCAACAGCAGCUGUGCAGGCCAAAAAAACCAAGCCUCAGGCCCAACCUGAAAAGAGGAAACCUAAAACGGGGAUCUUGAUGUUAAACAUGGGAGGCCCAGAGACACUUGGAGACGUCCAUGAUUUUCUGCUUAGGCUUUUCCUCGACAGAGACCUAAUGACUCUUCCGAUCCAAAAUAAGCUGGCGCCUUUUCUUGCCAAGCGACGUACGCCCAAAAUCCAGGAACAGUAUAGUCGGAUUGGUGGAGGGUCGCCUAUUAAGAAAUGGACUGCUAUGCAAGGAGAAGGCAUGGUGAAGCUGUUGGAUGAAAUGUCUCCUCACUCUGCGCCGCACAAGUACUACAUCGGUUUCCGCUACGUCCACCCUCUGACGGAAGAAGCCAUUGAAGAGAUGGAGGAGGAUGGCAUUGAACGGGCUGUCGCUUUCACACAGUACCCACAGUACAGCUGCUCCACCACAGGGAGCAGCUUAAACGCUAUUUAUCGCUACUAUGACAAAAGGGGGGAUAAGCCAAAGAUGAAGUGGAGCGCAAUUGACAGGUGGCCAACGCACCCCCUUCUCAUUCAGUGCUUUUCAGACCAUAUCCAGAAGGAACUGGACUUAUUUCCACCCGACAAAAGGAAAGAUGUAGUCAUCCUGUUCUCUGCUCACUCUCUGCCAAUGUCUGUAGUUAAUCGUGGCGAUCCGUACCCACAAGAGGUGGGAGCAACCGUUCAGAGGGUUAUGGAGAAACUCAACCACUCCAACCCGUAUAGGCUUGUGUGGCAGUCCAAGGUUGGUCCUAUGCCUUGGCUGGGUCCUCAGACAGAUGAGACGAUCAAAGGGCUUUGCCAGAGGGGAAAGAAGAAUAUUUUGCUGGUUCCAAUAGCAUUUACUAGUGACCACAUAGAAACGCUCUACGAACUGGACAUCGAAUACGCGCAAGUCUUAGCCAGUGAGUGCGGAGUCGAAAACAUCCGAAGAGCAGAAUCCCUUAAUGGAAACCCAUUGUUUGCCAAGGCCCUCGCAGACUUGGUCUCUUCCCAUCUCCAGUCGAACGAAAUCUGCUCCAAGCAGUUAACCCUCAGUUGCCCGCUUUGCGUGAAUCCCACUUGCCGAAAGACAAAAUCGUUCUUCACCAGCCAGGAGCUGUGAUGCGCAUCUGCAGUGGGUUGACUUGACAGAGUAUAACCCUGCGGAUCCUGCCCCGUGUGCCCGUUUACACUGCUUUCUUUUGCCCCGCUCAGGGCCGCUUCACACAGGACGAUUAGCCUCCUGUGUGUGCUAAGAAGGGUCCCAAAUGGGGUUUGCACUGGGCUGAAGGAGGGAUGAAUCUGAAAUCUUUUGUUUGUUUGUUUUGUUUCUAUGGAGGGAUCUUGCGUUGGAAGGGAAGUAACAUUUCAAAGGGCUUCAUCCUGCAGGGGUUGCUGAGAACACACUUGUCUUCCUAUAAAGGCAUUCAGGGGACUCUUAGCACCUCGCAGCAUCAAGCUCAGCACUAGGCACUGAAAAACUGAGCUGCGUAUAUACUGGAGUAGAGUUCGUGAUUCAGCGGGGAUGUUGAAUAAUAGCGACUGGCUCAAUUUCAGCUUCCAGGGGCUGUUUGCUGUCCAGGUUAGCUUGAUUACUUCUAAAGGAACUACUCCAAAGAUCUUGACCUGAGAGUUACAACAUAGAUCUCUUAAUAUGUACUUGUCAUAAAAAUAGUAUUUUUAAAAAUCCUUCCAUGUAGUAUACUACUUUUUUCCCCUCUAUGUGGGGUGUUUUGUUUUGUUUUUUUCCGCGCUUGGAACUCUGCAACUAACAACACCGACCGCCAUGCUGCUAAUACUGGUUUGUUUCAUUUCAACUGACACCUUUUUUAAAAGCAUGUAUUUGUAUUUUGUUUUUUUAAAAUGAAGCUUAUUAUUUUUUUAUUUUUGUGGGGUUCAUUCUUCCCCUACCUUCCACCCCCAAAGAAGGCAGGAUUGAUUCUGUACUAGCCCAGCAGCUUUAAAAGAUUUUUUAUUUUUAUUUUUCUAUUAAUACAUGCAUCACAUAUCCAUAACAUUCAUAUCACAAUCCCUCUUCUCUCCCUCCUGGCCACCCUCAAACUCCCCUUUCUGAUUUAUUUCCCCCUAAUUACACACUGCUGUUUCUAAAAAGAAACACAUUAUAUUCAUUCUUUUAUCUUCUACAUAUUUUGUCACUAAAGAUGUGAAUGUUUAUUUAAAUUCUGUCAUCAAGUCAGUAGUCUUCCUUUGCUUCUGCAAAUAUACUAUAAAUGGUUCCCAUUCUCUUUCAAAGUCACUGUUGUCUUUUCCCCGAAGUCUGUCAGUUUUGCCAUUUCUGCCCAGCAGCUUUCAGUUCCUUUGACAGCAGAGUUAUCCAAAUUGAACGGGUGUGGUUCCCCCUCCCCCUGAUGUUCUUUUGGAAACUGUUCGAUUUUGUGAGAUUUCGGCGGUCUCGGUGGCAGCGCCUGCCCAAUAAGCCAGAGAUCGAGAACUUGUGCCCCUUCAGAACUUGCUUGACUCCCACUCCAUCAGCCCCAGACAGCAUGGCCCAGUGGUCAGGGGUGAUGGGAAUUGCAGUCCAACAACAUUGUGAGGGCCAGAGAAUCUACGGCCCAGGUCCUUGGCCUCAUAAGCUUUCCUGUACUUUCAGGCCUGCCAUUGAGGCCCAGCCAGGUAAACAAACCACCUUAGCUUGUCAUUCAUGGUUUGUUUCUCCCUAAGGAGCCAGGAUUCGUUAAGCCAGCAACAAAGUUUGGAUUGUUAGGGACAAACCAACCGUGAUCCCUAGUUCUGACAUCGCACCAAGCUGGUAUACAGCGGCAUUCUGCUGGUCCACAAUAUGGCGUAUUAAGCCAGGCUUCUCGGUUUAUCAUCACGGUCAAACUUGGCCUUUGUAUGAAGGGAUAGCUUUUAUUUUUUCCCCUUGGAAAGCAUAACCUGUAAAGAAAUCGCCGUAGCCUCUGGCUUGGGGCGGGGGGAAGCUACGUUGAGACAGCAUCGAUUGUGUGUGUAUUGUGGUUCAACAAGUACAAAUGUCUCUCUGUAACUUCUGGAUGAGACUCAGGGAAGUGCUGCGUCCAUGCUUGGACCUGAGGAGUGACUCCUAUUUUCUGGCCCAGGAACCACAUUCAGCCUUGGCCAAUCCUUUGGGGCCUGCAGCUAUGAGUGUGGCCAGCCACCCACCACUCUACCUGGAACACAGGUAAGGCACGCAGGCCCCCUGAUCUGUGCAGGUGAGCUGAGAUGUGAGGAUUAUCACCCCCACAUCAGGUGUACUAUGAUUUGUUUUUGCUGCUGUCAAAUCAAAUGUAUAGGUGGUGGUUGGAGCGUAAAACAUUACUUGGGGGGGGGGGUCCUGAUCAGGCCUCCAAAAUGGGGGCUAGCCACCCUCGUCCCAGCUCCUAUAAGCUGAGGCUAGUUUCAGUUGGAGACCUUCAGUGAUCAAGUUGGGCAGGUGAUUUUUUCAUGUUUACGUGCAUAAACACUGACGAUUGUGCAGCUCUACACACAAAGGUGCAGAAUAGGUGCAAAAUUGAUAUCAUCAACGGGAGAUGCUGUGCUUUGCUUGUUCAGUAUGGGUAAUGGCCAACUAAUGUCAGAGAAUGAAUCAAUCAGAGGUGUCUUUUUUUUACAUUGCUCGGUUAAUACACAUAGCUUGUGUGCAAAUUUUGUAUGCCACUUUGGGGGGGGGAAUUAUUCUAGGGGGAGAAUGUGAACGUCACCUGGUGAUCAUUGUCCGUCUUGCAUACAGUGGUACCUCGCAAGACGAAUGCCCUGCAAGACGAAUUUUUCGCGAGACGAAUGCAUCUUGUGAUCUGAUGGUGACUCGCAAGACGAAUUCGUUUUGCGAAAAAUUCGUAUUGCGAAUCGCGGUUUCCCAUAAGAAUGCAUUUAAAUUUAAUUAAUGUGUUCCCAUGGGCAAAAAAAGAAAUUUCAAUGCAUUCCCAUGGUAAACCGCGAUUCGCAAGACGAAUUUUUCGCAAAAUGAAUUGACUCGCGGAACGAAUUAAAUUCGUCUUGCAAGGCACCACUGUAUUCUCCACGACUGCUAUGCUUGGUACCAAUGUGAUCUGGAGAUGGUAAAAUAAAAAUCCACUUUUGAUGACCUGUGCAUAUUCUGCACACCUCUGAAUAUGUGCACAGCCAUUGGCAUUUGCAAACCUACAUUUCUGAACUUGCGUUAACCGCAGUGUGUGUGCGCCUCUGAUUGGAAUGGAUGUUUUACCCUUGCGAAUUGCCUGGCUGAUGCUUCUGAACUGGAACCGCCUAUAAAUUCAGGCUCUAUUUCCAACAGCCUCUUACUUUAGAUCAUUCCAGUUCUUGGAGAUUGUUAACAAUCGACAUGUCGGAUCUGGUGAAUGUUGUCAUUUAUUGGUAGGUCUUAAGAUGUGAGGAGGAUUUCCAGUGGGGAAUUUUAGAGAUGUGCGUCAUAAGGACUUGUUUGUUCUUGACAUAUGUUACUUCAGGUGCAUGGUAAAAUUAUGGAAUGAAGAAUGACACCUGGGCACUUGCUUAAUAGCAAAGUUUUGGUGCUUCCUGGGAAAUGUCAACUUUGUCUGAAAUGCCUUCAGGAUCUCUUAAGAAUUGCCAGUAAAUGUAAAACAUUCACCAGACUGUUGACACUUACCGACAGCAGGUGCCGUUUGUACUCCAGUGGUAACUGCUCUACUCCAGAAAGCUGCCCCGUUGAAUGUAGACUAUUGUGAGAAGUGAGUGCCCUUCCCAUUUUCCUCCAUUGCUCCUGUGUGAGAAGCCUUGUGUCUUUUAAACCAGCGUUCUUGUCUUCACGGAGGGCUUCCUUCUCUUUGAACAAGCGGGAAUAUGAGGCCGUUCUUCAGAGCUGCAUUAUAGAUCUGCUUAUCGCUUUCUAGCUGUCAAGCCACUGUGGUUUUUGUGGUAUUUCUAUGGAUGCAAAUUGAUCUGGAUUUAAUUCAUGUUGUCAAUUAAACUCCAAAUGAUCUAUUAGAGCGUUUUUUUUCUUUUUCAAAUGGUGGUGAACACGCGAGACUGCUGGUGGCAAGCUUGUACUGCUGGCUCUUGGCAGGCAGAAGAUUAUAAAUUUCCUUGCGUCAAAUAAAAUGUUGGACUCUCUUU